AUGUCUGGUCAUAUGUCAUCAGAGCACUCUCGCUCUAAUUCACGAUCCUCCCGAACCCCGAGAACCUCCCAGGGGGAGUCGACACCUCGCCACUCCUUCGGUCGCACGUUUUCCAAUCCCAAUGUCUUCGCCGACGAAUACGCAUUAGAACCGAUUGACUCGGACCACAUCGAACGCCCACACAGUCCCUCCUCUAUCAUAUCCUCCGCUACUCUUCGUGAAAACACACAAUCAAAGACUGUCAGCACGGCCACAACCGAGAACGAGAAUCCUUUCGGGGAUGAUGCUCGGGUGUCCUUGGAUGAACCUCACCGGUCAAGUCUGCCCCAGAAGGGGUACGGGUUUGCCAAUAACCACAACCCCACCUCCUCUCUCAGCUCGACUCCGUCUUUGAUUCAGCGGAAUCAAAGCGUCUCUUCUCGUUUCUCGAUUCCCCGCGCUCUCAGCCCCUACACCGGGGCUACCGGACCCAGCCAUCCAUACGGUAUGUAUCCCCAGGUGGGUGUCAGCCGGUCGCCUAGUGUCGGUAGUAUCUCGACAAUACGCCCAGUCGAACGUCCGCUCGAAGACUCGACUGGUCCACAGCACCCUUACGCGAUGUACUCGCAGAACGUGGUCGAAGAUGGAAUGGAUGACGAAAUCAUCCCCGUCGGAUUUCCAGGCCAUAACCAACCAUAUCAGCCGUCCGCUGGUCGCCCGGCUGAUGAUGUGGGCGAUAUUAUUGGACCGGAUGGUCACGCAGAGCCCCUACCGCCUUAUUCACGCUAUCCAGCUGGAGUCAUCCCGAAGCCUCCAACGCCGGAGAUCAUGGCUGACCUCAAUACCGCACCGGAGGAACAACGUCUCAACAACGAAAGUCCAAGGCCACCGCCGAUUUCAGAAACCUCCUCAAGGGCUUUGGUGCCUGAACAAUCGGCCGAGGAAAAUAAUGAGGGAAACAGAGAGGAACGUGCCGUUGCGACUACCGGCAUCAUGGCCUUUGAAGAGAAGCUCAAACGCAAGGGGAAAAAGACGGCAUGCUGUGGCCUUCCGGUGUGGACCUUGGUUCUCAUUGGAACGGUGAUGUUGAUCGGUGGAUGUAUUGGAGGUGUCAUUGGUGGUGUCUUGGGAACCAAGAAAGCCGCAGAGGCCUCCAAAGCAGAUGAAGAAGAGGCUCAGAAGUCUCGCACCCCACCGAUUGUGACGGUCACCUCGGCUCCACAGAUGGACGCGUCCCUGAUCCCCACCCCUACAAACCUCAAGACCAUUCCUACCGGCCACUACAUGGUUCCUGCUGGUUAUCAGAAUGGGUCGGGACUUUGCGUGGACGAGUCAAAUUACGGAAAAGCCUGGAAGUGUAUGCAAGCGCCGGGUGAAUUGGACGUCUAUGUCGGCGAGACGAAAGGUCACCAUUCGAUCGUUUUCGACUACGGAGCCCCCACCACGACCUUCACAUAUGGUGCCCAGGCACCAUAUUGGCCUGCCGAACCCACGCAAGCAUUGCGGAUGGCCAUUGAUACCACCGAUGCGGACCUGGGCCCUGCUUUGUUCUUCCUCGCUCCUUUCGACAAACUGGUCAUUGUUCCCGAAGACACCUUCUCUAGUUCUCUUUCCCGUCGGUCCUAUGUCGACGACGGGUGGUCGCAGGCUGAUGCGUACAAGAGCGCCACGCAGAGUGUAGAAGUCGGCGACAAGCCGUGGUUCUGUUGGUGGAAUAACACGAUGAUGGAGUUCUUCAUGUACGUCAAUCAAUCGACGUCUUAUUCCGUGGGCAGCACAGCCUCGGUCAACAGCGACAUGGCAUCCGGCACGGCUGGUGUACAUGUCGACAAGCGCGUCGACUCCUCGGUCGACGAUUACCCCCGGCGCAUCAAAAUCGAGGAACGGCGAGACGACCCUACACGUUUGUCUCCAUAUUGCCAGCAGAUGCAAAUCCGCAAGAAUGGCGGGCUGGCGCUUCUCUCGGGCCAGAUCAUCAACAUCGAGGAGAAUGAGCCCACACCCACUACGACCUCGACGGGCUAUGUGGGUGGCAGUCCCCAGACGUACACUGCGCAGGCAUCCUACGCCAGCCCGUGCUACUGUGUGUCUCUGACUGACUAG